GCUUAACCUCACUUUCUUUGUUACUUUGUCCCUUCGUUCUUUUUUUCAGUUCCAUAACAAUCAUAAACAAAAAUGUAUUUGUUUUAAAAUUAAAACAAGAUUAAUUUAGGUUUAAAUUGCUCUAAAUAAUUAUUAUUAAACAAUGGACGUCGAUCUUUUGAAACCUGGAACUGUUCCCAUAUCGCCAGACACAGUUUUGAUGUUCGAAUUUCUAUUGGACAAGAACCUACUGUGGAAUCAUUUACGAAAACCGAAUCCAGAUCCUGCUCCCAUAGACUUGAUAACCAAAUUUUAUGAUGCCAUUGCUAGAACCUUAAGAAAUCAACAAGAGCCUGAAAAUUCUGAAUCAACAAAUUUAGAAUGUUCCUACGUGGUUCAACAUCCUGCUAAAAAUAUUGCUAUGAAAAUCAUGUCUCUAAAAGUUGCAGCAUAUUUAAAUUGGAAAUUAACUGAAAUACGAUCAUUACCAUUUAAAACACAAAUAAGCUUGUUGCAAGACUUGAUGUAUUUUACUAGUGAGAAAAAGACAAUUAUGGAAAUAUCAAAUAUUGAAGAACCUGAUAUUAAAACAGCUUCACCCCAAUUCCUUUUCGCCUUAUUAUUAUUCCAUAGAUGGUUACUGAGUACAUCUAUGCAUAGGAUUACUUCAAAUUGGCAACAAAGAUAUGGGCCAAAUGAAAUGUCGCCUAUAGAUGAAAAUAUAAUUUGCUGUCCAGAUAAUAUUAAAAAAACUGUAACAUUUUUAACUGAUGCUUUGGAAUGGGAAGAAAUACCUUUUAUGUUGACUUUUGACUGUUUUAAAAUGCUCACCGAAGAAAACGCUAGUAUAGAGUUUGACUGGAGUAAAGGACAACCUAUCUCAAGUGAAGAGUUCCGAGCACAAAUCUGUUACGAUUUAGGCACAUUUUUCUUUUAUCAAGAAAACUACGAGGUGGCCAAACAACAUUUCUCCCAAUGUCAAAACUUUUGCCACUCGAUAACUAGCCAAAAUGGCUUUGCUGUAUUUGACAAGAAAGUUUUGAAUGUUUACGUUAGCGCCUGCGAUCCCACUUUAAAUGUUCCAAAGAAAUCCCUAUCGGAGCAAUUAAAUAAUUCGAUUGUUAAUCAUUUUAUGGGUAUUACAAACAUCCUUCAACAGGAUAAUUUGAGAAAGGAAAUUCCUUUGGGCCAUAGGAUAAAUUUGGAAUUAGAUAUACAAGGGGCUUUAUCUAGUGGAGUGUUUACUGUGGCAAGAGAUUUGCUUUAUAAAGUCAAAGCAUUAAACUAUGUCAGAUGUAUUUUAGAUAAAAAAUUAUUAAAUGAGUAUUCAGUGGCUUCUGACAAAAAUGUUGAUACAUUUUUUUGGGCUAUUCAAAUAAAUUGGAAGUUUCAUGAAGAAUCAGACAAAAAAACAAUUAAAAACUAUAUUUUUGCAUUGAUAGUUAAAGAUCAAUCUCCAACUAUAAUGGAAAGAAUAAAAGCAAAUGAAUGUUUAAAAAAUAUGUUCGACACAGUUGAAUGGAUGUAUUUGACAAAAAAAGUAGCUGUUUUUGAUGCGCCUGAAAGUGUUUGUAAACCUAAAGCUCCUAUAUUUGAUCCAGUCAAGAAGAGAAAACCCAAAAGGGAGCUGAAGCAUUAUUCAAGACUGCUAAUUAUUACCUACGAUUGGAAAGAAAUAAAAGACUUAUUAACAAAAAUCCGAUUAAUAAAUGCACAUGACGAUGUAUGGGACAUUAAUCCUUUAUGGGAGUUACCCACACUCUUACUGAAUGUAAUUAAGGCACUUCCUAAAGAGUCCCUCCGUGACUUAGCCUAUGUCCUAUUGGCAAAAUCCAAAAAGCAACUUUUAAAUAAAGAUUGGAAUUCCGCAUUAGAAUUGCUUAUAAUUUUGGGCAAGGAAUUACAAUCUGCUACCUGCAACGUUACCAAAUUAUCGAAAAUGCUCAAUUGGGAAGUGUUGUUGAUUCAAAUUACACAGUUAAUGGAAAAUUGGCCUCAGAGCAAUGUUGAUAAACUUGCUUUAGUCAAUGCAUGCGAAGGUUGCUUACAAACCAGCGAUUCAGUUUUACCACGCAGUGAAAUCCUAGAAUCUUGCGCCAUUUGCAUCCUUAACUUGGGCCGUUGGGAGUUUUUGAUAAACCAUGAUAAACGAAUGGCCAAUUUGGAUAUUAUAUCGGCUAUUGCUCUGGCUUGUAAUGAAAUCGUUAAAAACAAAGGGGCUAAGAAGUUUUCAAGGAACUUAUGGGACUUGGUGUUACCAGUUUUCGCCCCAAAUCCUUCAGGAGCUAAAAGGGGUGCUGGCUAUCAUGAUAAUUCCAGCCAUUUAAAAAACAACUUAUUAUCCAUAUUUUUGAGACUGAAAGACUCCUUGUGCUUAACAGUUACGAUAUCAAUCCUCAGUAAAUUAUACAAUAUUUUUAAGGAUGACAAUAAUUUGGAGUUGCAAGUAGAUUAUAUGAAUUUAUGGCCGGCGACUGUUAGCAAUGCGAAUUCUUAUAUAGUGGAAGCAGCUUCAGAAAUGCUAUUUGAAUUGUUGAAUGAGGCUUUGAAAAUUUACCCUACGAAUAUACCUUGGCUAAGGCUCAAGGGAGAUCUUAAUUUUGCCAACAAUUUCUACAAAAAAUCCUUAUCAUUCUACCUAAAAUCCCUAAUGAUAUGUUACGACAAUUUCAACAUACCAAUCCGGUAUGACGAACACAUAUUCCGAAGAAUGAUAAAAUGUUGCCAAGCGUUGAACUGUUUCACCCAAGCAGCGGUUUUGUGUCAAUUUCUAGAAGAGCCCGAUUAUGCCCUGGCUUUCAGAAUACUGGGCGAACAAAAAGCUUGUAAUGACGCCAUGGAUGCUUACUAUCAUUGCUUUUGGGAUACCAACAUUUUGGAAUUUUUAAUUUACAGCCACAACCGCCGGGGUGAAUUCCAAAGAAAAAAAUUUGCUAUUCAAGUGAUGGGUAUGCUGGAAAUAAACUCCAAUAACAACGAGGAAAUACAAAGGGAGGCUAGUAAUUUAAGAAAAAGCAUAUUUUUAAGAGAUUUGUGUAAGCAAUAUGUAUUUUAAUUGUAAAUUGAUGUAAGAUUGAAUUUAUGUUGAAAUAAAUUAUUUUUUCUUAGUCCUCUGGUUUAUCUGGUGGUGGUCCGCAAGGCUGCAACAUUUUUUCCAUCAAAUUGAACCUGACGCGAGCUUUAGCUUCGUUUUCAGCUAUAGCAAAAUAGCUUAGCAAGUCUGGAUGUCCCAAAUAGCUAGAGUAGCUGUCUCUGUGUUGAUUGAGGAGCCAUUCGAACUUUGUGGUAUCAGCGUGGCCUGUACCAAUGUAUUUUGAUUGGAGAUGUUCCAGCUGACUGUGGAUGUUGUAUCUGUCACCCAUUGUGUAGUCUAAAAUAAUGGUUUUUGAAUAAAAUUUCGAUCAGGUUGAAAUUCUAG